ACCAUCUUCUUGCCUCUAGAAAUCCAAAACAAGAUGUUUCUUCUUAGGUGCUUUAAACCCAAGUUCUACAAGAAAAGCAAAUCUACAACCAGCUACAUGAAGAUUCGGCUUGAUAUAGUGAGGAAGAAAAGGAUUGCAAUGGUUAGAAAUUAUAAGACAGAUAUUGUGAACUUCCUCAAUAAUGGCCAAGAUUAUGAAGCUUACAGAAGAGCAGAUCUAUUACUCGAAGAGCUUAGAAUAAUAUCGUGCUACGAUCUCAUCGAGCGAUUCUGCGAUUGUAUUUCUGAAAAUCUCCCCCUGAUGCUGAAGAAAAGGGAAUGUCCUGAAGAAUGCAGAGAAGCUGUUUCCUCUUUGAUAUAUGCAACUGCAUGGGUUCCCGAUGUUCCUGAACUGAAGGAUCUUAGAGCCGUGUUUACUAAAAGAUUUGGAAAUUUUGUUGCUUCAUCUGUAAAUCAUGAGCUCGUUGAGAGAACUGGAUCGCGAAAACUACCUUCACGAGAACUCAAGAUUCUUACAGUGAAAGAUAUUGCGAAUGAGUUUUCGAUUAACUGGGAUCCUACAGCUCUGAAACUGAUGCUACUCAGAGAGACUUCAGCUCUGCAGAUUGAGGGGAAUAUGGAGACAGGAGCUGAUGAUCAGAAGCUUGAGACAGAGAAAAGUAUGAUAGAUGAUCAAAGCGAGGACGAAUCGGUUCUUUCAGAGAGUACUUGGCGAGGAGAAUUAUUGUCCAAAGGCAGUUUUAGUUCUAGCUCAAGCUCGAGUUCGAGUUCUCUAAGAAGAGAAUCUGUGCGGAAGAAGACGAGGAAGAAGAUUUUACCUUACGGUAUAAUAUCUCCUUCAUACAAUGAUGAGAAAGCACAAGAAGAGGAGAAAGAAGAGAAUAGAAAGAGUAUGGAUCAAGAAAACUCGAGGUCGCUUGGUAUACAAGGCAGUAAGAGUCUCACAAGCACAAGCAAUAAGGAAGUUUCCACAACAAGAGAGAACAAGAGAACGUCGUCGUUUGAAAGACCAAAGCUCUUGGAUUAUGAUGAUGUGGUGAGUCGUCUUGCAGCUCUGCGCCGGAGAUAAGAAAGUGUCAAAGUAGUCAUUAUGUAAUUAAGGGUUUCUUAAUUCUCUUCGUAGUUAAAAUUCAUUAGUAUAUUCGUAAUUCAAUAUGUAAUUAUCCUUAUGACUUUGUAAUUAGUCCACUAGUUGAUUAAUCUUUUAA